GAAAGUAACGCAUAUCGAAUGCAAAAUUUUGGAGCUCCAAAGCAACUCGAAUUCAUUUCUAAUUUUCUCACCGGAUUAUUGAGUCAUCGAUCUGAACUCUUUGUGUGUUUACUUGUGACUAAAAGCCCACCACUUCUUGAGGUGGCAAAUUAGUGGAGUAAUGGCGUCAACUUCUUCACAGGACGCUUGGUACCUCGCCCUAUUAGGGCUGGCUGAACAUUUUCGAGUUUCGACGCCUCCAAAUAUUCGUAUGUGUGUACAGUGUCUUCAAACUGUAUUUAGUUUUAAACCUCCACCACGUGUAGAAGCAAGAACACAUCUUCAAUUGGGAAACAUUCUUGUACUUUACACAAAAAAUGUUGAUUUGGCCCGUUCUCACUUGGAACAAGCUUGGUAUCAAUCACAGAAUAUUGCUGCCUUUGACGACAUCAAAUAUGAAUCUGCAAGUCUUCUGGCAGAACUUUAUGAGCAACAGAAUCAAACCAAUCUAGCUAAACCUUUGUUGAGAAAAACCAUAGAAAUGUCUCAACAGAAUGUUUUCUGGCACUGCAGAUUACUCUUCCAGCUAGCUCAAAUUCAUUCCAAUGAAAGAGAUUAUCUGUCAGCCUGUGGUCUCCUGGGAGUUGGAGCUGAUUAUGCACACAUUUCUGGAGCCCAGUAUUCUAGAUUAUUGUUUACUCUCAGCAAAUGCAUGUUACUGCUGAUUGAUAAAAAGUUCAAUGAACUUCAUCCCCUACUGGCCCAAGUAGGACCAAUUAUUGAUAACUGGCAGGGCUCUCUUCAACAAAAAGAAUAUCUUAAAAUAUUCUUUUUGGUCCUGCAAGUGUGCCAAUGUUUGAUGUCUGGGCAGGUGAAGAGUGUUAAACCAUACUUAAAACAACUGCAACAAAGCAUUCAGACCAUUACGCAACCAAAUCUGAUGCCUAGUGACGAAGAUGUGUCAGCUGGGAAUUCGGGUGAUAUGUUUGUAUGGAUGUCGAAAGAACAUCUGUGCGUUUUGGUUUACGUUGUGACAGUUAUGCAUUCGAUGCAAGCCGGCUACAUGGACAAAGCCCAGAAGUAUACAGAGAAAGCGUUCCUGCAAAUUGAGAAACUCAAACUAUCUGACAACCGGAGUAUUUUAACCUCUUUCCACAUUCUUCUGCUCGAACAUUUGAUUCUGUGUCGAUUGGUCAUGGGUCAAAAAGGUCAAGCUAUUAGGGAAGUGGCAACAGCAGCCCAAUUGUGCGCUGCAGGGCCUCCUCGUUUGCUUGCCGCUCAUUCAGCACAGUUGCAUACUUUGCUGGGCCUGUAUGCAAUGAGCAUGAAUUCUAUGGAGGCUGCAGAAGCUCAAUUCAACGUUGCCCUAAGAGUAGGAUCAAUGAACAAAUUUUCCCAAUUUUUCUUUUUCCAAUUUUUUCUUUUAUUUCAGAGCACAACGGAUCGUGAGCUAUGGACAUUUGCAAAUUUGAAUCUUGCCAUCGUUUACUUGCGAAUGAAACGUGAAGGGGAUUUUAAUAAACUUAUCGAAAACAUCAACCCUGAGACGUUGCCGUCACACUCGCACAGCUUGCGAGCAGCCGCUUUCUACGUUCAAGGACUGCAGUGUUUCUUCCAAGCUCGAUACAACGAAGCAAAGCGCUAUUUGAGAGAAACGUUAAAAAUGGCCAAUGCUGAAGACCUAAACCGCCUAACUUCCUGUUCCCUUGUGUUACUCGGUCAUAUUUUCCUCUCGUUGGGCAACAAUCGCGAGGCAAUGAACAUGGUCACGCCGGCAAUGCAACUGGCCUCCAAAAUUCCGGAUGUUCACAUCCAACUGUGGGCGUCAGCCAUCCUGAAAGAUUUGUAUCGAAUGUGCGGCGACGGAGGGAGAGAAGCCGAGGCGUACCAAACUCACGCCAAUUUCUCCCAGCUACUUAUGAAGGACAAUUAUGCAUCACACCAAUCUCCAGAGCAUGCACUGAUUACGUGGAUAGAACAGCCACUCGCCUCUUUUCUUCAGCUAGGCACUAAUAAUGCCAAUAACUUGGGCGCACCCAGCACCUCUAAUAUGAUCAUGCCCACUCCCGGUUCUUCCUCUCUCAUGUAAAAUCAGCGCAGGUACGUCACAUACUUUCUCAAACCACCCCCAAAGCCCUGUAAAUGAUUGAAUAGAGUGUCUCGUUCUUGUUUCCUGGUCUGUCGUGUUUUCCCUGUAUCUCUUUUCUUGCAGUAAAGUUAAUUGAAUUCGAUCCGGAAAUUCGAUCUUAAUUGUUUUCGAGGUAGUGCUUGAUCCGUCUCCUCACGUUGCAACGCAAGGUAAAACUUGAACCCACUCCUUACGUUGCAAACACCAAAGGCUAUUGUAAAUAAUCGAAUAUUUUUCGACGCGACAUGUUAACUUAAAAGCUCGUUUAAUGUAUAAUUUACUUUACAUCGAGGCCAAAGUUGUUUGAUUCUACUGCGUCUGGAUUUCAACGUCGUCAUUUCCCUCCCUCCUAUUCGUUCUCUCACUCCAUGUAUUUGAUAACAAAAGUUUCGAAUUCAUCAAUCCUUUCCUCCCCCCCCCAACCCUUAUAUCCCACUUGUACCAUAUAACAUAGAAUGCGUUGUAUAUGGCAUAACUCAAAAUACACACACACGCAGCCGCGUGCGCGGAUUUUCCUUUU